UGAUCCUGCAAUGGCGGCUGCAACAGCCCAAGGAGAUAGCUUUUGGGACGAAAUUGAUCAUUUAACCACGAAAUUACAAAGAGAAAACCGAACAAAACAGACUGUAAAUCCAGGAAGCCAUAUCGGCGGUAUAAAGGAUGCACCUUACAAGCAAACGACGAGAUCUGAAGUCAUUAAAAAAAUUGAAUUUUUCAUUGAGGGGUUAUUGACAAAACUCGCUCAAAAUAAUUUGCCUGAUAUUCAAUUCAAGAAUAGGCGUUCAUGGGCAAAUAUGUCCUUUAUAGAUGAUGUCGGUGUGGAGAUGAACGGAAAUGCGACAGAGACGACCAUUAAGCUCAACUCAAACUACUCCAUACAAAAAUAUGCAAAAACUCUAAAAAUUUUACGCAUUGCGCAUGGGUUAUUGCAAGAGAACGUUUACUCGACAAAAAGAGAAAUCUAUUACAACGAUGUACCAUUUUUUGGAAAUCAAGCGACAGUUGACCAUAUAGUUGAUGAUAUAUCAUGCAUGUUUAAUCUCCCAAGACACGCGCUGCACAUUUUGGCUUGUUCAAAAGGAUAUGUAAGUGGGAAACUGUCAUUUCGUGAGCAUGAUGGUAACUUGAUCGACUGCAAUGUGAACCCGAAUGGCAUACUAAUUCCAACGCAUAUUCAUGGUAUUUACAACAUCUGUUCGGAUGCAAAAGCAAUUCUCGUAGUUGAGAAAGAUGCAACAUACCAACGCCUCUUAGAUGAUGAUAUCUUGGAAAAACUUUACCCAAUUAUCAUGAUAACAGGAAAAGGAUUUCCAGAUCUUAACACACGGGUACUAGUGAAAAGACUUUGGGAAAGUCUAGAAAUUCCUGUACUAGCUUUGGUCGACACAGAUCCUCAUGGAGUGGAAAUCAUGUGUGUCUAUCGAUUUGGAUCAAUGUCACAAUCAUAUGACACAGACAAUUUAGCAGUUCCCUCUAUGAGAUGGAUUGGCGUACUUCCAUCAGACUUGGAAAGGUUGUCCAUCAAUAAAGAAGCCCAGAUUCCUCUCACAGAGCAAGACCGGAAGAAAAUUUCACAACUUUUGGAUAGGCCAUAUGUGAAGGCACAUGCAUCAAUUCAACAAGAGUUAUUGGUGUUGUUGAACACUGGUCACAAAGCUGAGAUGCAAGCUUUGUCUACAAUAUCAACUGGGUUUAUCACUGAUGUCUUUUUGCCAAUAAAGAUCAAGCAUGGCAAAUGGAUUUGACUUGAAAAACUCAUUUGCCAUGAA